CCACAGGAGGCAGAACGCCUGAAUGCACCUUCCAAAACAUGGCGCACUUACUUAAUAUUAAAAGUUUCAAUCGGCCUUGUGCGUUCAUAUGUUGGAGGUCUACAAACUUCGGUGAUGAGGGUCUGUUAGUCAUUAUAUUAACGUCUGUAUUUAUGCUUUUUCAAUAAGAGCCAAGAAGAGCAGCACUUCUAAUGCAGACUGUAGCGCCACCGGGGACUUACGGAUAAUCUGCAAAGCUCCUCCCCCCCCCACCCGCCACCGAAGUUUUCAUACCCGACGCUUGUACGGCGUUAGUCAAAGGUGAGAAAAUGACGAAUCCGUCGGCGUCUAUCGCACUGCAGUUUGUGUCCCCGACGCGUCCAGGACAAAAGUCGAAGUCAGUCAUCUUGGAAUCACCUUUUUAUUUCGAAAAUAUCAACGAUCGCCAAUUCAUGCAGAGAAUUAAUGCAAAAUUGAUAAUUUUACCCAGGAUACCAAAAUCUUCAAACAUCUAGACAAUGUAAAGGGGUAAAAAUCUUGAGCAAAUAUUGCCCAGCCACAGGGUAAAAUUUGCUUAAAAAGCCAAGCAGGACUUGUUGAGUAAAAUCUACUUAACGAGAAAAUAUCGUGAACGACAGCAUUCAUAAUAGCAGUGCAAUAUCAAAUCUUACCGAGAUGUUGGAUCGUGAGUUCAUUGUGUUCCGUAGCUUUAAUCUCAUGAACUCAGAUCCAUACGACGACGAGCGCGUCAAAAGUUUCGAUCGCCUGCUGCAUCGAGCAAUCAACGCGAUCAUCAGCGAAAGCCAUCUCACGACCGGCCAAAUCAAGCAACUUCUCCGUACCUCCAAGAAACGCACCGACGAAAAUUCCAUAGUCCAGCUAAUCGUGCGGCGGGAACCUGCCCUCGGCCAUCAGCUCCUGAAAAAAUGCAAGCUCUCUCUGCUGUGGAUCGCAGUCAUAAGCUGCUACCAGGAUUCAGCGGAGCUGCUCGUGGGCUACGGUGCCGACGUUAACGAGCGCUACGGAUUGGACAAGUCACCCGACGAACUUCUCAAAAAAUCGACCAUCCUCCACGCACUGCUUCAGAUGUAUCCUUCCAAAUGGAACGAGAGAUUGAUAGAACUGGUAAUAGACCAUGGUGCCGACGUGAAUGCUAGAGACGCUACUGACUGUAACAAGGCUGCAGCGUGUGGCUGUACCGCACUGCACUUGGCGGUAGAAUACGGUCGAGUCAAGAUGGCCGAAAUGCUCCUGGAAAAGGGAGCCGAGGUCAAUGCCGUUCGCGGCCCUCGGUUGACACCGAUGCUCGAAAUAACCCGCACUAAAGCAGCUGACGAACUGCUGCCGCUGUUGCUGAAAUACGGUGCAAAUGUUAACGCCAGUGAUGAAGUAGGUAAGAACGCCUUGCACCACUUGGCAUCUGCCCCGGUGGAGUAUGUCAACCUGGCCAGAGCCUUCAUAGAGAUGGGCGUCUCACUCGACGACAGAACUAAAGAUGGACACUUACAGCCGAUGCAUCUAGCCGUUUACAGGGGACACAAUAAAUUGAUGAAUCUCUUUUUUGACCACGGCGCGAACGUGAACUCGCGAAUGGCGUACGGCGAUUUCCCACUAAAACUCGCCACUCGAUGCAACGAUCCGGAAGUGCUGCUGACUCUGCUGAAACGCGGCGCCAACAUCGACGCGACAGAUAAUCACGGUCGGACCGCCUUGCACAUCGCUUGCGAGAACUCGAACCUGGAGAAGAUAAAAAUGCUUCUGUCCGUCGGCGCGGACGCGUUCGUCGGGGAUCGCUACGGCCAAACGCCGUUCGAGAUAGUCUGUGGCCAGAAUUUUAUAGAAAAUCCGAGCACCAGACCGAUGCUGAAGAUGUUGGCGCUGGCAAAAGCUUGCAGCCGACAGCCUUUGGCCGAAUUCAUCAACGAGAGGAUCAUCAGGGAAAUGUUCCCGCAGCACUGGAAUUACUAUCAGCUCUGCCACGCGAACAUCUCUCUACUGAAGUCCAGGAGAUUCAUCGAGACCUGCACACUCUUCGAACUAUUGACGAGCUGCCGGUGUCACAUAGCAGCCCUCAUGCAGAACCAAGAGUUCGAGAGCAGAUUCAGGAUGUGCGAUCUCGAUGUUUUCCCCAUGUACGCGGAAGACGUACUGGAAGCUUUCGAGCGCGCGGAAAGCUAUUAUCAACACAUCCUCGACUUCGAAGACCUUAUCAUCGAGGUUGUUAAUAAUAUUUUGCCUUGCGUAGUAGUGAGAAAGGUGAUUUCAUACGUGUUUAGCAAAUGCGAGAUAUGUGAGUUAAAAAAAACUGUGAGUGCCUCUCGCAGCGCGCCUUGAUCAACUGAGCCACGGACGUACGCUUUAUUUUGUUUUUGUUUUCUUUUUCUAAUACUAAGGUUAGAAUUUUCAAAUUUACAUAAGUUUUUAGAUAUUAGCUACAGCGCCGCCAUUAAUCAAUCACCUUUCUUGACUCUUUAGAAUCAACUAAUCCAUUUUCGGCUUCAAUUUUUCGCUGUCACUUUUUUAAAGAGGAUUUUUAUUUAAGCGACUUGAUUUUAUAAUAACUCUAUAAUACUGUGUCGAAUUUGCUUGCUACGCAUAGAUAGCACAGUGAGGUUUACAACAGAAAUGAAUAAAUUUCUUUUACAAAUUA